CUGGGCGUGGUGGACGCGGUGGAGAAGGUGGAGAUCUCCAAGGACGCCAGCAGCUGGACGAGCCUACGCGCCAUGGGAGAGAGCGCCACAGGUGGCCCAGGCCGGGCAGCAGCUGGUGCUGCAACUUGUGAAUGUGAUCCCGGCCAAGUGGAGCGCCGGGACGACCUACGAGUACACCGUUAUCAUCUAGUAACGAUAUGGCUUAUAACAGGGAAGUUUGGGAAGUUGAGCGCGCGGCGGUGGGGAGCGGAGCAGGUGGGAAGACCUGCGAGAGUACCGGCAACUUCACGCUUCACACAGGCGUUGAAGGUAUUGACCUUGCACUGAAUAAAUGCAUGCCUUGCUUAUGCUGAGUCUAUGCCCUUUGUGUGCAAUUUCUACUUUUGACAGUGAAAUUUCUU